CUACACUUUCAACACGUGCAUUUGAAAGUAGAUACAUUAUUCACACGGAAAAAAAACUUCAUAUUUUCUAUAAAUUUUUCGGUUUACAGUUAGUUUAUAAAGAAAUUUCACAAAAAUGCAGAACGACGAUGUUGUUUGGAGCAUUAUCAAUAAAUCGUUUUGUUCGCACAAAGUCAAAACGGAUACCCGGAAUUUCUGUCGGCACGAGUAUAAUUUGACGGGUUUGUGUACGCGUGUAUCAUGCCCAUUGGCAAACAGUCAAUAUGCUACGGUUCGUGAAGAGAAAGGUAUUAUAUAUUUGUAUAUGAAAACUGCCGAACGAUCCCAUUUUCCAUCGAAACUCUGGGAAAAAGUGAAACUAUCGCGUAAUUUUGAAAAGGCAAUUUAUCAAAUUAACGAAAAUCUAGUGUUUUGGGACAAUUAUGUUCGGCAAAAAUGUAAACAACGUUUCAUUAAAAUUACACAAUACUUGAUUCGGAUGCGUAAAUUGAAAUUACGGCGUCAGAAACUAUUGGUGCCGGUUCAAACGAAGAUUGAGCGUCGCGAGAGACGGCGUGAAGAAAAAGCAUUGGUUGCCGCCAAAUUGGAUUCAGCCAUUGAGAAACAAUUGUUGGAACGUUUGAAGAAAGGCACCUAUCAAGAUAUCUACAAUUUCCCACAGAAAGUGUUCAACAAAGCACUGGAAGAGGAGCAAGUCGAAGAGGAGGAUGAAAGUGAGGUCGAAGAUGAAGAAGAAGAAUUGGAAAUGGAAACUGAAACGGAACAUGUGUCGGGAUCACGGCAAAAAUCACAACUCGAACUCACCGAAGAGUUUGUGGAGGCUCCAUCCGAUGAAGACGACGAUAGUGAUAGCGAUUUUGAUAUGUCAGACGCGGAAAGCGAGUCUGGAGACGCACAACAAGUCGAGGUACCCAGCGACUUUGAAUCAGACGAUGAUGAUAUCGAGGAUAUUAGCAAACGUGUGCCGAAGAAACCAACAGUCAAGAAACCGAAACAGCUGAAGAAGAAGAGACACGUCGAAAUCGAAUACGAAAUGGAAUCGGAAAAUCCACGACAAAAGGUCAAACAUUAAUGCUGUACACAUAAGGACAUUUUUAGAGAAUAUACAGAAUUGUAUAUCCAUUUUUUUUUCAAACAAAUAAUAAAUUUUAAACAGUUUAUUCUGCUUAUUUUAUAAGAAA